AUGUUACCGAUCACAACUAACUCAAUAACAAAACUCGAACAUGUUAUCAUUUGUGAGGAACAGGAAGAACACUUUUGCGGACGACAUGCUCUACGUGCACUCUCACAAAGACUUGAUUUAUUUAGUGAUGAGUAUUUAUUUGAUAUCGCUGAAAAUAUAGCAGCUACAGAGCAAAUAUGUCGAAGCGGACAACCAGUACAACUUACCGAUUACUAUUGCAAAUAUACGGGAGAUUAUGAUAUUCAAGUACUGCAGCUUGCUCUUCAGAAUACAUUGAACGUGCACCUUCUACGAAUCGAUAAGUUAGAAUAUACUGGGUGUCCUAUUCGGAAUCUUAUUUUAUCAAAUAUUGAAUAUAUCCAAGCAUUUCUAAUUCAACAAGAUUAUCACUAUUAUUGUCUUCGUAGUUUUCGAUCGACUAAAGAUUAUUUCUUUAAAAUUGAUUCUAAGUAUUCAAUGUACCAUGAACCUAUUCCUCGUGGGCGAUUAUUCGAAUAUCUUGCAGAACUUCUCAAUUCAAACUCCACUAUCUUUGUCAUCAUGGAACAUACAGUACAAAAUAUUAAUCAACAAAUUACUAUUGAUAAUAUUCAAAAAGCAUUAUGGCCUUUACCAGAUGCUCCUGCUGAUUUUGAACUUUUUCCUGGGUUUGGUUUAUCAGAUAAAUGA